AUGGGCGGCCUUGUAUUAUCUGGCAAGGAGCAUGGGACUGGCACCGUCACCGCAUCCCAUUUGACUGAGCGGUAUGGGAGGUAUGAGUGGAAUGUUGGGCAUCCCUUGAUGCACCUCGUCCUGGGAAAAGACGACAUUCAAGACAAGAGUAAGGCGGACUGGCUCCUAAAAAGCCUUGCUAUUUUACAGGUUACAUGGAUUAUCGUCAAUGUGAUCGUCCGCCAUACCACAGGCCUUCCUAUAUCGCAGAUUGAGAUUGCCACUGUGGCCUUUGCAAUCGUCGCAGUGUUGAUAUGUCUAGCCAACUGGUGGAAACCCAAGGACAUCUCCCGACCGACCAUGUUGCAGUUCUGUGGCUGCGGUAAACGAUCCGGUCAUUUGCGAGCUAGGACGCAAUCUUUCACCCAGCGGAUCCUGCCGCCAAGCGAGGCCAUCGACAAGGCGGAGAAGGGUGUGCCACGCCAUAUCAAUAGGGUAGCUAACGAUGUUCUCUGGAUGGAAGGCGAUAUACGCCUGCUGUUCUACCUGAUGGCCGGGUCGUCAUUUAUUUUUGGCGCCUUGCACUGUCUUGCUUGGAACUUCGAAUCCCCCACACAGGUCGAGCUUAUCUGCUGGCGAGUCGCGAGCCCAGUGUCAGCCAUUCUGCCCAUAGUGGCUUUGGCCAUCAGCACGAUCCUAGGCCAUUUAGCGGCUUCUAAAUCCUCACAACGCAACAUCCCAACCAAAGAUUUGCGCAGAGCUCAACCUGGUUCUUCUGGAUAA